AUGCGUAAAACUAUCCAAUUGAUUGCCGGCAUGGCAUUCUACUCCCUAUGGAACGUGAUCCCGGGAGAGCCUUCUCUAUUCAAAACCUAUGGGUUCAAGAAGACACCACUGGCUACAAAUUACACUCGUGUGAUUCCACCCCGAAUCGCAGAGAUGCGAGACAACGAAGCGGGACACAUUCGCAUUUUUCAGUCCCAAAUUUCCAACACGUCCAUCAAGCCCGGUCCAUGCGAAUAUAACUUCGGCUUUGAAAAUAAGCCUGAUGUUUUCCUUACACUCCAAGUUCUGAACAUCUCCAAGUCAACCCUCAUGGCCGUCGGCCAAGUUGGAACUCGUCACAACGUCUGGUCUCUCAUCGAUGUCUGGAAUACCAGCCCUUUCUCCGGCCCAUCAGACACAGCCUACCCCUACGCAAACCGGAUCCUCGAUUCCACGAACGCUUUCAUCGUGCCUGGCAGCUGUCCAAGACAGAAUCCAGAACACCUGAGUCCACGCCAGAAUCUGCCACCGCUUGCCUUUAGCAAGAAUGGAACGGGCGCUCGACCAGGGUCGGAAAUCCAACUUGUUUUCUCUGACCCAGACAAUCAACCCCAGUUUGAUGAGUCGCGCGAGUACUAUGUAGUGUUUUACCAUGGACUUAACGUUAUCAGCCUACCCUUUGAUACGAGGACCAACAGCUCGACCAUCUCAGCUCAGUUCGAUUCACAGUUGGGUGUUAUUAUCGUGAAUGUCGCAGAUCAACCAGGCGCCCCUACGGAGGACUGCGUUGUUGCGGGGCCUUUGAUUAUUUUGGAACAGUAG